ACCUAAUUACACAUACGAUAAAGUUUCGUGAAAUUUCCAUCGCCCAGUGACAGUGACUAUGGCGCAGACCAAGUCAGCAAGCCUAAUCCUCCUGUUGAUGUUGUGUAUUGGGAAGACAGCAUGUCUGUCUGGAUCCAUGCGCGGAUGGCUGACGACAGGGGACCAGAGAAACCUCUUACGUCAGCUCUCCACAAUACACGCUAGCACAGGAGGAGGAAGGGGCGUUCAUAUCAACAUUGACAGGACAAGGCGGUACCAGACCAUGGAGGGAUUUGGUGCGGCACUCACGAGCUCAGCCGCUUAUGUCAUUCACAACAGCCCCGAAUACGAUGAAAUCGUCAAUGAACUAUUUAGUCCAUAUGCUGGAAUUGGUAUCAGCUACAUUCGGUUGCCGAUGGGAGCAUCCGACAUCCAGGCAGAAGCACCUUACACAUACGCCGAUACUGCCUGGGACUUCAAUCUCGACCACUUCAGCAUAGACAAGGAUCGUCAUUUCAUUAUUCCUGUUAUUAAGAAAGCACUCCGGGUUAACCCAAGUUUGAAGAUUAUGGGAACUCCCUGGACUGCCCCGGCGUGGAUGAAAACUAGCAACAGACUUCAGGGUGGUCAACUGAAGAGGGAUGCUAACAUCAAUGACGCUUACGCAAAGUACUUCCUUAAAUUCAUUCAGGAAUAUCAGAGGGAGGGCAUUAACAUAACCGCGGUUACAGUCCAGAACGAACCGCUCAAUGGUAACGACCAGUACCCUACCAUGGAAAUGUCAUGGCAACAGGAGAGCGAGUUCGUGAAGCAUCACCUCGGUCCCGUAUUCCGAUCCAACAACAUUAAAACAAAGAUCCUUCUUUACGACCACAACUGGGACAACACGGAUUAUGCAAAUAAUAUUCUAGAUGAUCAUGAUACAAGUCAGUACGUAUCGGGAGUAGCAUGGCAUUGUUAUGGUGGCGACAAGAAUGCACCUCUUCAGGUGCAUAACAGACACCCAAAUGUCGACAUGUACUUCUCCGAAUGUUCUGGCGGUACUUGGGCUUCUGAUUUCAGCGGCAACUUGAUGUGGAACGCCGAAACAUUAUUUAUCGCACAGCCUCGCGCGUGGACAAAGACCGUCUUGCUAUGGAAUCUUGCACUAGACGAGAACCAUGGUCCGCACGUGCAGACAAAUGGUGGUUGCAAGACAUGUAGGGGUGCGCUCACAGUGCAGUCACGCGGGGGUUACACCAAAGAAGUAGAAUUCUACCUUAUUGGCCAUCUCAGCAAGUUCGUCAAACCUGGCGCCGUCCGGAUUGACUCCAACACUGGUCAGAACAUCAACACUGUUGCUUUCCAGAAUUCUGAUGGUUCAGUGGCCGUGCUUGUGCAGAAUUCUGAUUCCAAUUCCAAGGAUGUAACGGUACAAGUGGACAAUGACAACAGUCGAUCGUACAUUUAUAACAUGCCUGGUCACGCGAUCGCCACAUUCCUCCUCUAACCACGUAAAUAACUGCCGGUACAAGUACACAUAUUAUAUUUGAUGUUGCACGUUUUAUGAGUAAUUCUAUAAAUUAUUAUAUAUGUCAUAAUUACCAUUUGACUAUGCAGUUAGAUAUCGAAGUUACAAUUCAACGAGCUAUCAUAAUCACUAAUACCCUCAAAGAUUUUGAAAAUCGAAAAUAAUAACUUAUCUGAUCAUUGUUUGUAGUGUUGAAUCUUCCGAUAGCAGCACGAAUUAUACUGGAGUCGCCGCUGUAUGGUAAUAAACCCAUUGAUUAUUACAUCACAGAGCAGCUAUAAUGAAUAUAAUUCUAAAAUAAACUCAUGAUACGUCAGCAUAUUAAGUAGUUAGUUGUUUGAAAACGGAUACAAGAAAUGACAGAAACAAAACAUCAGCGAAUGUCUUCUUUUUUUCUUCAUCAAUCAAAUAAAACGAUCAUCGAUGAAAGUGUUGGUACAUCAUUGCCUUUAAUAGUAAUGUUACAGCGUCACGGAAGAACUUGAGAUGGAUAUGAUUAAAUCGCUUCACCCUGUGAUCACUUACAUUU